AUGGCGCUCUCCUCUCUCUCGAAAGGGGUGGAGACCAUCGCGUUCGCAGAUUCCGCGCUCCCUGCGGCGAUGAGCUCGGAGCAGAUGCAAGAAAUCGUGACCAGCCUGGAACAGAUGACUAGCGCAGAGGGGCGGCCUUGUGCUUGCCACUUCUUUGGAAAAAAAUCCGUCUGCGCCCAAAUAAGCAGUUUUCUGGUUUCACGGGGAUGCCCAUCACACUUGCUUGUGGAGGGUGCCUUUGUCGCCGCUGGCGAGCACUCAGAGCUGGGGAAAAUGCUGCAGUGGUUCGCCAGCGCGGUGGUGGGGCUGUUUGUUGACGGUGUAAAGGGCGGAGUGACGUUCCCGCAGGCGUGGGAGGAGGCGAUGCGGGAGCGGCCCGCACUCGCCCCCCACACCUUCGAGUUGCAGGGGUUCGCUGCCUUGUUCUCCUUCCUGCUCUGCCAGCUGGCGGCGGUGGAGGGGACAAUGAGUAAGAGCGGGGCAAGUGGUGAGGUUGCCGCCGCGCAUUGCGUGUCGCCGCGCGACAGUCGCAAGAAGCUACAGAAGAGGAUUCCCCGCGAAAACGCCUCGGGGCUGCAUAACCUCGCGCAGGAGCGUACGGCAGGACGAGCCCUGGCCGCAGCUAGCAACAGUGACAACGGUGCCGUGACCAAAGGUGCAGCUAUCACGGCAACAACAAGGACGACGACGAUAAGAGCAUUAUUUGCUGGUGUGGGUCAACCCACCGCGUUGCCGCAGCGUCCAGCAGGAAAGACGUUAAAAAUGAAAAAUGUGCAGCCGUUGUGGAAUCCUGAGGGAGCCACGGGUUCCUUUGAAGCACUGAAGCCAAUCGUGCCGCCUCCUAGUUUGCAAUUGUCCACAAUUAACGCAGCUAAAGAGGAGCCUUUAGCAAACAUACUUCCACCAAUGCCGAUCCGACAACAGAUUGCUAACAGUGGAAUUAUUGGACCCGACCCUAGUGAGGGGUCGUUGUCCCAUUAUUCCAAGUGGCAGAGUGAAAACUUGGCGCAGAACGAUGUGAUAAUACCUCCUCUGGCUAUUCGAUCCAAAACUACGAGUGAUAAAGCUGGGGACGUGGAUGCAGAGGUGGACGCGGAUAGUGGGCCAUGCACUUUUCCCGGCUUACCCAACCCUCAGGGCGAUAGUUUACUCACGGAAGAAGCCCCCGCACUGGUGCGACGGCGGCGGCUGCUCUCCUCGGGUCGGCCCACUCCUUUAAGGGAGGAGGACAUUCAACAAAGGAUGCGGGCCCGAGAGCUGCGUAGAAAGUACGGGGUGAAAAAGAUAGUCAACUAUGCAGAGAGGGACCUAGAAGAUGUCAGGGAGCAGAUGGAGCGAAUGCGCGAGACACUAGAUGCGGAAUGCACUCCGAGUUCGGGUGCAACAUGA